UCUAAGCAUAAAUGUCAAUCACAAUACAAAUCUAACACAGAUCCUGACAGAAUGACACGACUCCGCGUUGUGGACCCAGCGGACUCGGAACCUUUUGAGCGGCAGGAGGCAGCGCUCCUUCACUGGACGGAGGAGCUCAGGGGGAAACAGCGGCUCUUCGCUGAGAGAGAGCACGUCUUUGAGGGGACUCGUCUGGCUCUGGGCGGGCCUCGGAGCCGCCGCGGUUCUCCACCUGCUGCCUCACCUGCAUUGGAGCAUUCGCCGCAGAGAGUGGGCGUCACAGGCCGAGCUUCGGCCGCUCGCUCUCCCGCCGCUCCGCUCCUCGCUCGCCCGCCAGCCGUUUUACUCACCGGCUCUUCCACUUCGCCACUGCACAGCGGCUACGCCUCCCACCUCGGCUCAACGGAGGCACCCGUGCCAGAGGCUCGGCAGUGUACCCCGCCCGCUUCCUCUUCCCGGAGAAAGCGGCGCACACGCCGCCAUAACAUGGACUAUUUUCAGCAACUCCUGGCGGUGAGUCCCAGUGACUGUUUGCCACCUUCCUCAUUUGAUUCUUCACAUAAAAUAAAUAAUAGACACAUCUCCGAUUCAUGGGGAACUUCCCUCUUAGACGACGAUGUGGACUGGGAAGACUUUUUCUGCUCUGCUUCCCCAAAAACAGCUCAGUUAAAGACUGUAAAUAGUGGUGGCAGAAGGACCAGAACAAUCCCUGAUAGACCUGUCAGUCUCAUUCACCCAGUCACCAUCUCCACCCCUAUCAGUCAGCUCAUAUUCACACCUGUGCCCACUCCCAGGACGAGGGCAGCUGUGACCCAGUCUACCUCCACACCCGCUCCUGUCUCUCGGGUGGGGGUGACUGGUGUCCAGCCACCUCCCGUGCUUGUCCCAGCGCCCAGGCUGAGGGCAGCCAGAACUCAGCCUGACCUCCCUAAAGGCUCAGAAGAGUUAGCCUCUCCACCUGUCAGUCCACCACUUCAGCCACCUCCUGAUCCAGCCUUUCACGCCCUUGCACUAUCCCUGGUUAGGCUAGCUGAGGUUUCCCCUGCUCAGGCACCAGCUUUACUAGCCCAGGCUGUAGCUUUAUCUCCGUCACUAGCUCAGUCUGUAGCUCAGCCAUUAGCCACACCAACCUCAGCUCCGUCGUCAGCCUCACCCACCUCUGUUCGUCCCUUAGCAUCCCCAGUCCAGCCAGUUCACUCUCCUGCUGUUCAGCUCCCAGUCCAGCCAGUUCACUCUCCUGCUGUUCAGCUCCCAGUCCAGCCAGUUCACUCUCCUGCUGUUCAGCUCCCAGUCCAGCCAGUUCACUCACCUGCUCACUCACCUGCUCUCCAGUCUGCUCCUGUCGCUCAGUCACCCGUAGCUCAGGCUGCUCCUGUAGCUCAGUCACCCGUAGCUCAGGCUGCUCCUGUAGCUCAGUCACCCGUAGCUCAGGCUGCUCCUGUAGCUCAGUCACCCGUAGCUCAGGCUGCUCCUGUAGCUCAGUCAGCUCCACUCCAGUCAGCUCCACUCCAGUCAGCUCCACUCCAGUCAGUAGUCCAGUCGCCCCCUGCCCUCCAGUCAGGCCAGUCGCCCCCUGUAGCUCAGUGCCCUGUUCUACAGUUGCCUCCUGUCAUCCAGUCGCCCGUCCUCCAGCCUGUCCAGGGUUUCCGCGCCUCCUGGCUCAGCCUCGGCUUCUGCUUCGCCACCGCCGGCUCCCAUGCCGUCGCCUGGUCCAGCCUCGGCUCCAGCUUCUGCUUCGCCUGGUCCAGCCUCGGCUUCGCACGGUCCAGCUUCUGCCUCGGCGUUAGCCUUGCCUGGUCCUGCGGCUGCCACGCCGGCACCCAGGCCAUGUUCUGGACGUCGUCGCCGGAGCGGCCGCCCACCGGACCGGCCAACGACUCCAGCGGCACCGCCGGCCACGUGGCCGCCCAUCGGAACUGUUUCAGCUCAGCCACUGGCCACGUGGCCGCCCACCUGACCUGUCUUUGCCUGGACUCCGUCCUGGACCCCUCCGCCCUCCCUGUUCUGGUCCUUCUCUCUUUCGGCUGUCGGGUGCCGGCCUUUGAAGGGGGGCUGUGGGGUCUGAUCACUGCAGCUGUGAGGUCUCAGAAUCAAAAGAAUGACAACACCACGGAACGGAAGUUUGAUACCAUCAUGGGGAGGCUCGCGGCUAUCCAACGGGAGAUCGAGAGACCAGUGUCGGAGUGUUAA